AUGCCGGCCACAGAUCCACACUCGGAGAUAGGCGCAGUCCGAAAGCGCAGAGCUCACAAGAAGUCGCGACGCGGCUGUCGGAACUGUAAGCUCAGACGAGUCAAGUGUGAUGAGACCAGGCCGCAGUGCCAGAAGUGCAGCGUCUAUGGGGUUGUGUGCAAUUACGACCCGAAUACUCCGGAUCUGCAAGUCGCGUCUGCUCAUGGCCUGCAUUUCCCCGCUGUCGCGCCCAAGGCCAGUCUCAUACAGGUCGAGAGGCCUCCAUCUCCUCUUCGCUCGGCCAUGAUCUGUGCGGAUGCAGCGACCUCCUUCGAACUGGACACGGAUUGCCUCGAUCGAUUGGAACGGUUUCGCGCCCGGACCGUUUUCUCCUUCGGGGAAGACGCCAUGGGGAAGCUCUAUCAGGGGAAGAUCCUCGAAAUGGCUUUCUAUAAUCCCUAUUUGAUGCAUAUCAUCCUGACACUCACUGCUGCUCAUGAUCGCCAUCUGACCACACCAGGCCAUAGCAGGCGGACGUUGACGGAGAUCUAUCACUCUACCCAGUCCGUUGCGCUCUUUAACCGGAAACUAUCCAAACCUCUCCAGCCGCAGGAUCAGGAUCCAUUGUGGGCGACUGCAACUCUCAUCGGUAUCAUUGUUUUCUCAUCCCUGGACGCAUCAUCCCCGGAGGAAGCCUGGCCGCUGAAGCCGGACGAUCCAUCUGAUCUGGAAUGGAUCCGGAUGUCCGAGGGGAAAGCUGCCGUAUGGCAACUGGCCAACCCCAUGCGUCCAGACAGCGUAUUCCGGGUGAUGGCUGACAUGUACAUGGAAUUGCACAGUCCCAUCGCCAGUGUUGGCUCCGAUGGUAUCCCACCGGAGUUAGCAUCUCUCUGUGGACUUGAAGAGACGUCCACGCCAGAGAAUAACCCGUACUUCAUGGCAGUGCACACGCUUGCUCCGCUUCGCAGACUGCCGCGUGAACAGCGUACCAAGACGGUGGCGCUCAGGUUCAUCGCUGGUAUGCAGCCGUCUUUCAAGAAGCUAUUGGAAGAGAAGGAUCCUGUCGCGCUUGUACUGCUGACACUUUGGUACGAUGCGUCUGCACCUGUGAUAUGGUGGAUCGAACGUCGUGCUGUGGUGGAACGCGAAGCCAUUUGUUUGUACUUACGGCGGCAUUAUCAGGAGAAUACCGCCGUCCUAGAACUUUUGCCCUGA